AAGUGGAAUCUAUCUCCUCAGCGACCCUGACCCAAAGAAGAAAAACUAAACGUAGCAACUUCCAAUGGACAUCAGUAUUGUCCUCAACCCCGAGUGCAGUCACUGUAGCAUAAGCAUCAACAGUGCUUGUGCUCUUUUUGUAGGAGCUUGUUUCAUCAGUUCUAAGUAGGUGUUCUAGAAGAACAGGCGAGCCAUCUUCUUGUCUCAUAAUUUUUUGAAUCGUUAAAGCCCCUACUUGUAGUUCCACCCCUAGUUUCACGUACUUUUCGCUUUAGUUUUAGUCCCCCCCGCUUACCCCAAGAUGUAUGGCGAUACGUUCCGUUCUUCCGCGCUCACGAAGCGCGAGAAGAACUUCGAGGGGAAGACCGGGUUUAUGGGCAUGAAGAAGGCCCAGGUGCUGAACAAAAACGCCGCGGAGCAACAGAUCACGGCCGAGCAGCUGAUUCGCGAGGCCACGGAGCGCGCCAACGUCGUGCGGCUGGAGCCGAAGCAGGACAUCAUCGGGGAGGACGAGCUGCAGAGUAUUGUAAGGAAAAAUCCCCCCUCCCCAUAUCGAAAAGGAAAUUUGUGAUGCUGAUUUGUGAUCACAGAUCAGCUUUGUCUUGCGUACAAGGCAAACGGCACCCAUGUGGCGCAUUGUGCAGCGAGUCUGCCAUGCGUUUUCGCAUAUGUCAGACUUGUCUCUCAUGCUCAGUUGCUAGCCGGAUGCGCACCCAAAUGGGCUUCGAAUAUGCCGCCACGCCCUUGCUGCAAUAGAGAGCUCAUUUGAUGUGUACACAAAUCCAGCAACACAAAUUGUCUUUUGAAUAUGGGGUGGGGGCUUUUUUCACUUUGAUACAGAGCUACCAGGCCCGGAAGCGCAAGGAGUUCGAGGACUCGCUCCGGAUGAACCGGCAACACAUGGGCACCUGGGCCAAGUACGCCCAGUUCGAGGCCAGCAUGAAGGAGUUUGCGCGGGCCCGGAACGUGUUCGAGCGGGCCCUCACCGUGGACAUGAGCAGCACCUAUCAAAUGUAAAAAUGUGAAUGUCUGGGUCUGGAAACUUGUGGUGCUGGGUGGCGUCUCAUGAUGAGGCUCCAAAUGCUGGCUCAGCAUGACAAGUUUCUGAGCUCCUCGGUGUUGCCUAUUCCGCAUGACAAACUGCGCUUCUGCAUCACAGAAAAACGGAGCUCUUGGGUAACGUGCAUGACAGAUUCAAGAGUCAUGCCAGACAAGCAUGACAAACAUGAAUUCUUCCAGACCCAGACAUUUUUACAUUUGAUAGCACCUCGGUGUGGCUGAAAUACAUCACGUUCGAGCAGUAUCCUAAGCAAAAACGUCCCCAUCCCAUAGUCAUCAAGUUGGGAAUCUACCAACACAAAUCUCCAAGUUUUGGGAGCUGCGCAUCACAGGUUUUUUACCUCUGCAGUGUAGUGCUGAUUGGCAAGAGAAGCCGCAUGAGGAAGCAAUUGCCACAUCCUGUUUACAGCAUUACAAAUUCUAUUAAAACACGAUCGGAAAGUCCUCUCAUGGAGCUGCGCAUUACAAAUCGAUUCCUGUCAUUGCGCAUUUGCAUGACAACCCUGCUGUGGGGACGUUUUUACUCAGGAUAAGCAGAAGGAGGGGUUCAUCAACCACGCAAGAAAUUUGUUCGACCGCGUCGUGGUGCACUUGCCGCGGGUCGACCAGUUCUGGUACAAAUACGCUUACAUGGAGGAAUUGCUGGGGAACUUCGGCGGCGCGAGAACCAUCUUUGAAAGAUGGAUGGAGUUCGAGCCGGAAGACAACGUAGGAUAAAGAAUUUUUUUUAUCGACAAUAUGAUAUAAAAUUAGAAUUAAUCUUUUUUCCAUCCAUUUCCUGUAUGAAGACCGCCUGUCUGCAAGGAUAAAACCUAAUCUGAUAUGCAUGAGAAGUAGUUAUCCUAGAAGAUGCACAUGACAUAGCAAGAGAUAUGCGAGGCACGAGACAUCAUUCUUCUUCUUCAGUACAUCCUUUUCAGCUUUGUGUUUCGCUUAGAUAAAAAAAAACCGAUUUUCUGAAAUACUCAGGCCUGGACGUCAUUCGCCAAGUUUGAAGAGAGGUGCGGCGAGAUCGACUAUCAAGUGCAAAUAUGUCUGGGUCUGGAACUUUGCAAGACUUGUCAUGCAGGUUUUCCAUGACCCACAUGAUCUGUAAUGGAGUACCUAGCAUGACAAGCUCCGUGAGAUCACUAUCAUGCCUGUCCUGCAUGACAAACUGCCUCUCAACUUGAUCAAAAGUGGACAGCAUUUGGUAAUCAUGCAACACAGAUUUUUGCAUGAUUCUGAUUUAGCAUGACAAGUUCCAACCUUCCAGACGAGACCCAGACAUUUUUGCAAUCCAUAUCGACCGGGCACGCCGCGUGUUCGAGCGCUACGUCUCCUGCCACUGCACGCAGCAGGCGUUUUAUCGCAAGAAAAAAGUGUUGCAGUUACACAUUGUGUUGCACGACCGGCAACACAGACAACUUUUCUCAUGCAGGAAAUGCUUGGCAGCCUCGUUUCCUUCCUGUUUUCCCUUAUGAUCUUCGCAUUGCAAGUUUUCUCUGCCAGACAGUGAAAAUUUGUGAUGCAGAAACUCCAACAAAUGUGUAACUGUAACACUUUUUUCUCGUGAUACGUUUUUGCGGCUGGUGAAAUUCUAUGCACUGCAAAAUUAUCGUACUCGUAUAAAUGCAUCACAAAUAAUUUCCUCAGCAUGAGAAAAAAAAUUUGUAAUGCGGAUUUAGCUUAAGAACAAGUACAAGAUUUGUAAUGCAUGAUUGCAAUACGAGUGCGAUACUUUUGCACAGGAUAAAUUCGAGGAGCGACACGCGAACAACGACCCACUGAAGAUCAAGCGCACGCGGUCCGGCUACGAAAAGGCACUGGAGCUUUUGGGGAACGAACUUGACGAGCAGUUCUACAUCCAGUUCGCGCACUUUGAGAUCCUAUCAAAUGUAAAAAUGGCUGGGUCCGGAAGAAUGCAACUUGUCAUGCUGUUUUCGGACUCUAAAAAAGUUUGUAUUGCAUGACCAGCAAGAGGGGUGCGCUUUGUGCUACACGGACAGGGCGUUUCUCAUGCGGAAGGUGCAUCAUGAAGCCCCCUAAAAGUCUGCGAUGCUAGGUCAUGCAUUACAGGCAUCAUGGGUCAUGAGAAAUAUGCAUGACAAACCUUGCAUUCUUCCAGACCCAGACAUUUUUGCAUUCGAUAGAUCCGGGCUAAGGAGUACGACCGGGCGCGGGCCAUUUUUAAGGGCGGACUGGAGCUCAUCACAAAGGACCGGGCUGAGGAUUUGUACCAAAAAUACGUCAAUUUCGAAAAAAUCUACGGAAAACCGGACCAAAUCGAAGACGUGGUCAUGCAGAAAAGAAGGUAAGGAAAUCGGAAUUUGACUUUAGGAUGCAAUGUCAACAUCAUGCGAUUUCUCGUUCGCUCAGCUUUUUAGUUGACGAAGCAAGAACUACAAUAAGUACAGGAUACUUCUGAUCUGCAGUGCUGCUACGUGAAUAAUAUUAAAGUGAAUGACGCAUCAUGUUCAUGGUACGAAUUUUUACCGUGAUGAAACAUAUCCUCAUAAUGCACAUGCAGACAGGAAAUGGAAAUUCCAUUGUUGAAAUAAACCACAUUCGUUUAUAUGUAUCAGGUUUGCUUAUGAGGAGACUCUGAAGGACAAGCCUCGCGAUUACGACACUUGGUUUGAUUACCUCCGCCUCGAGGAGCAAGGUGGUGACAUCACUCAGAUUCGCGAACUCUACGAGCGCGCCAUCGCCCAGUUUCCGCCCGUCGCGCAGAAGGACUACUGGAAGCGGUACAUCUACCUGUGGUACAACUACGCCCUUUUCGAGGAAACGGUGGCAGAGGACUACCCGAUAUGAAUUGCAAAUAUGUCUGGGUCUGGAAGGUGGUAACUUGUCAUGGUAAAUCUGAAGCAUACAAAACUCUGUGUUGCAUGAGUGCCAAAAGCUAUCCACUUUCGACCAAGUUGGGAGGGAGUUUCUCAUGCAGGAUAGGCAUGGCAGAGACCUCACAGAGUCUGUCAUGCUAAGUGCCGCAUUCCAGACCUCAUGGGUCAUGGAAAAUCUGCAUGACAAGUUUACACUCUUCCAGACCCAGACAUUUUUGCACUUGAUACCCGAAAACCCGCAAGGUGUACGACACCGCGGUGAAGUAUGGAUUGCAAAAAUCCCUGGAUGUCUGGAAGAAUGCAACUUGUGAUGCUAUUUUUGGAAUCUAAGAAAAUCUGUAUUGCAUGAGCAGCAAGAGGCGUCCAGUUUUUGCUCCGCGGAGAGGGCAUUUGUCAUGCGGGAUAGGCAUCAAGAUGCCCGCAAAAAAUCUGUCAUGCUAGGUCAUACAUUACAGGCAUCAUAGCCCAUGCGAAAUAUGCAUGACAAACCUGGAAAUUUUCCAGACCCAGACAUUUUUACAGUUGAUAUGAAGUAUGGAAGCGCCAGCAGCGAAAUCGACACAGUUGAAAUCAUUUGUCAUGCAUAAAAUACGACGCAGAUGAGGGCGCCUCUGUUGCAUCGGAUGCAAAGAAGGCAGAUUAUAGUGCUGCUAACUAGCAUGUCAGAAGGGAGCUCGUUUAAUGCCCUGAACAGCCUGACAGAUUCGCUUCCGGCGCGGUGAGCAUUUGUGAUGCGCCAAAUGGAAACUGUAGGUCCAACUGGUAUAGAUUUUAUGCAUUGCAACUUUGUCGAUUUCGAUCCUGACACUUCCAUAUGAAACUGACGGCGACGAAAAAGCUGACUUUCGCGAAGCUGUACAAGCUGUACAGCGAGUUUGAGCUGCGCCGGGGCAACCUGGAGCAGGCGCGGCGGAUCUUUGGGCGCGGGAUCGGGGAGUGCGGGAAGCAGAAAAUUUUCGAGUGGUACGCGGACGUGGAGCUGCGGUUCGGGAAUUUCGACAAGUGCCGCACGAUUUACGAAAAAUUGUGCGAGAAGCACCCCCUGAUGCCGCAGCCCUGGAUCAGGUACGUCGAGUUCGAAGAGUCUCUACGCACUGCAAAUAUGUCUGGGUCUGGAUGAGUGGAAGGUUUGUCAUGCACAUUUUGCAUGACCCAUAAAGUCUGUGAAGCAUGCCGUAGCAUGACAGGUUUUGUGACGGCUUCCUAAUGGAUGCCUAUACCGCAUGAGAAAUUAUACCCACUACAAGUAGCAGCUAAUAGGUUCCUCUUGCUGCCCAUGCAAUACAGAUUUUUUUAGUUAUCGAAUGGCAGCAUCACAAGUUGCAUCAUUUUCCAGGCAUCCAGGGAUAUUUGCAUUUGAUAGUCUCUGGAAGAGUACGACCGGUGCCGAUUUCUGUGCGAGACCGCACUCGACGUGGUGCAGGAUUUGCCCGAACUGAUGUGGCGCAAGUACAUCGAUUUGGAGAUUAGUUUGAACGAGUUCGACAAGGCGCGCGACCUACUCGAACGGCUGCUGGAAAAGACCAACCACGUACGCGUGUGGCGCACCUACGCCGAGUUUGAGCUGGAGACCGCCCGGAACCUGCCCAAGAUGCGGGCGCUGUUCGAACGGGGGCUGAAGGAGUACAAGGAACAGAAAAUGAACGAGCAGCGCGCGAUGCUGUUAGAGCAGUGGCUCCAGCUGGAGAAAUAUGGACUGCAAAUAUAAUCGUGUCUGGGUUCGGAAUAAAUGUGGAACUUGUAAUGCGGGUGUUACAUUUACAUUCCUGGAAAAUCUGUGUUGCGUGAGCAGCAAAAGAGCAGCCUCCUUUGUGAUGCAGAAACGCAAUUUGUAAUGCGUACUGGGCUUUAGAAGGCGUCUCAAAGUAGACUUGUCAUGCUUGGCUGCAACGGCAAGCGCUUCAAGCACACGCAAUUCAGCAUCACAAGUUUAUUGCAGACCUAGACAUGUUUGCACUGGAUAAGAAACGCGCGCGGGACGAAAUUUUCGUGGCGGACGAGGAGCAGGAGUUGCUCAUUCACGUCAACGAGGAAGAUAUCGCAGGAAAAAACUGUUUCACUGUAUGAAACUUGUGAUGCAUGUAAUGCAGCAACACAGACGCAUUUGUCUUGCUACACAUGCAAGACAUUGUCUUUUUCAAUGCGUUUUCCCUUAGGUAGUACGCAUGGCAGGUUUUCCUUGUCAUGUGUAACGAACUUGUAAUGCAAAACUUGCAAUAAAGUCCUCCUCUGCACAGUGAAACACUUUUUUCUCCCGAUAGAGGACGGCAGCCGAAAAGCCUGGUACGAAAAGAUCCAGGACCGGCAGCCGAAGAAGAAGAAGGUGCGAAAAAACAUAUUGAAACGAAAAAUCCCCCCUCCCCAUAUCGGAAUGGAAAUCUGUGAUGCAGGAUUUGUGUACACAAAUCGGAUUUGUCUUGCGGUAGAGGACUGCAGACAGAUACGAAGCUCUGAAAGGGGUGGCUUGGGGUAAGCACUUAGCAUGGCAGAUGUCUGCCCUAGUUGCGUAGCAGCAUUGCAAAUCGCCUGCGAAGUGCAGCGGAAGCCCUGGCUUUGCUCUCUUGCAAGACAGACCCGAUCCGUGGCCACAAAUCAGCGUCACAAAUUUUGAAAGGCACGCCUUUUCGAUAUGGGGAGGAGGGAUGUUUCCUCACAAUA